GUGGAUUUCCGAUCUACAAGAGAAGCCCUUGCUGCCAUUUCAAAGUUUCACGAGAAACCCCCGUUCCAUUUGAAAGUGAAUAUCGCCAGUAUGUCACUCUCGGACCGAUUUAGGUUUGACAGUAGGAAGAAGGAAGAGCUGGAUGAUGUACGUCGGAGGAUUGAGGAAAGGUACGGCGUGCCUUCUUUCAACAGUCCUCCACCAGGUGCUGGAAGAGGCAGAGGGCUUGCGUCUUCGCCGUUUCCACCUGAAGAUUUGAGAAAUAUUCACGUGGAAGUGGGUCCCAGGCCGGGCGAGCGGCGUGUGUACAGCAGCAGUAGCAGCAGUAGUGGAUGCAGCAGCCAAAGCAGCAGCUCCUCUGAUGAAUCCUUCAAGUCCUGCAGGUCGCACCCGGGUGGUGACAGUGAUAUUUUUGAGGAAGAUUUGCAGAUUGUCAUCACGGGGAACAGUAGUGGAGAACAGACACGCACAGUGGUCGUCCGUGACCUCUCCGCACUACCUGACCAGAAGUGUGUCUACUGUGGCGAAUACUGUGAGCACUGGUCUUUCAUUGCUUUUCUACUUGCCAUGGGGACAGUUUGCGUGUUUUUUCUCUGA